AUGCCGACUAUGGAAGAGCGCUACGCCGUCGAGCUGAGAGAACGCGAUCCAACGACUGUGGACACAUUGUUUUUGGACAAUUCAGACGGCGGUCAAAUAGCUGGAAUUAACGAUCAACUCACUAACCUGACGGUAAAAAAAUCGUUCACUCUUUUUUUUCAACGCGUUCUUUUAAAAAGAUGCUCAGUAUGGUCAAAUGUGGCUUGACGACUCUCGCUGGAUUUCCAAAGCUAUCCGGUCUCACUUACCUAGACAUCAGCGAUAACUACCUUGGAGAUGAUUCUUCCUUCGACAUUCUAGUCAGAAAUGGACCUGAACUGGAGAGAAUCACUCUUGCUGGCAAUAAGUGAGUUUACUAUGAAGAAAUUUGGUCCAAUUGCGUUGAUAACAAGGAGCUUGUAGUCAGGCUUAGGCUUGUUAAAUACACAAUACAUUUUUUAGGAGUUGAAAAGUGGCCGGACAACGGUGUCACAAACCGAGAAAGAAAAAAUAAACGGACAUACUCUUUUAGCUUUUUAUUAAGUAAGAACAAGACUUUCCGUCUUGGGCCCGCUGAAACAAUAAAAAUCAAUGAAACGAAAACAGUGCAUGCAUGCAUUGCUUUUAGAAAUGAAACUGAGGACGGACAAAGUCGCUUAUAAACAUUGAAAAAAUCUAUUCGAUUUUGCAGUUCAACGUUUGCAGCAAUUUUACAGGACGCGCACAGGUUAGCGUACGCUAAACUAGAAUAUACGUAUGCCAAAAAAUUUAAAAUAUUUUCAAAAAAAUAUAUCAGUUUACUGGUGUACGUUUAAAUUCGUUCAGCUGUGCGCGUCCCUAUUUUCCGUAAAAUUGCCGACUUUUGAAUUACUUUUUUCAGGCUUACAUUGGAAAAUCUCAGACCUUUGAAAAUGUUGACAAAACUUUCCGAGCUUGACCUUACGAACAAUACCGGACUUGGCCAUGUCGAAGACUAUCGCGUGAAAGUAUUCGAAAUGAUCCCAUCGUUGAAAAUACUGGACGGAUGUGACAUUGACGGAGAAGAAGUCGAAGAAGAGUUCGCUGGAGAAGGGGGAGAAGAUAGUGAUGGCGGGGAAAGUGAUGAGGACGGCCCUGGUCUCAGCUACCUAAACAAAAGUCAGUUCUCGGAUGAUGAAACCGACGACUACGUUCCAGAAGAGGUGAGCAUUAUAUUCGCUUGCAUUUCAUCGAUGUUGAUUUACAGAGUGAUGAUGCACCUAGGGGAACCAAGAGAUCUGCUUCAACUGAAAAAGAUGGUGACGAGCCAACCGUCAAAAGAUCGGCCGACAACGAGUAA